CACAGAAAUAUGCAGGUGGCCCUAAGAAACACAGAUUUACGAAAGAUAUUAUUAUUCUUGGUCAAAAAGCUACAAAUAAAGCCAAUACAUAUGGUGUAUACAAAGCUUGUGGUGAUGCACUUGGAUCUCAAGAAGCAGUAGAUGCAUAUUGCAACAAGACAGAUAAUGAAGAAGAACAGAUUCCUGUUUCAAAAAGGUGCAAAAAUACUAAUUUAUCUGAUGAUGAUAAUACAAGUGACAUGACAACUGAUUUGUCUUUUGAACAAAAAUUAAAAACCGAUAAAAUUGGAGUUACUUUAGUAUUUGACGAGUGGAAAAAUGUUUUAAAGCAACAUAUAUUUGGUUCAUUACUUAUCUUAUCAACUGGAGAAUCUUUAGUUUGGAAAACAAUUGAUAUAAGUUCAGAGCAAGAACAAAUGAUUGAAAUUAUCUCUAAAAUUGAAUCUAUGAUUAAUGAGAUAUCGAAAAUAGGUACUAAAUUAUCUGCUGUUGUUUCUGAUAGUGUCUCAGCAUAUUUUGCUACCACGUACGAAUUGCCUUUGGACACUUCGGCUUGUAAUUCUGAUGAUAAAUUAGGUCAAUCACCAACUCAUUUGGAUGAACUUUAUCUACCGUGUGAUAAUGAAAAGGUAUUGGCUAUGAGCCAAAUUCGUGCCUCGAUUAACUUUCCUCAGCAAAGGAAACAAAAACCUUAUAAUAUAUUACUUAUUCCAACCAUUGAACCAACAAAUUCACAAAAAGAACAAAUGUUGGCGGAAGAAGAAACUGUGAUACUAGAAGAUGAAGAGGCAGAACGUGAGAAUGAGAAUAACAAAUAUAAAAUGAGUAGUGAUUUGUUGAGCGAUUAUACGUAUCCCGCAAUAGAUCAUAAUGCAAAGUGGAAACUGAGAGAUCUAUUUG